UGCCUGCGCGUUCACGUGCCCGAAAUUGCGCGGCAGCAGGCCUCGCGCAGUUCGGCAGGGCUCAAGAAUCGUUAUUUUUAGCGUCUGGCUCGUGUUGCAGCGCCGGCGUCGCGAGAGGUUUUUUUCUUUUUUUUUUUGCCUCUAUCUCUGUGCCACAGUCUGAGCUGGACUGUGCUGGGAGCACGAGAGGGCUACGCAAACGCACUGACUGCGCGAGGAGUUGCGGGGUGGUCUGACUGUAGAAAGCGACGAGGAGGAGGAUAACGGACUGACAGAGCGGGGAGGGGAGCACACCGCCUCACAUCUUAUCACAUAUCAGCGUAUCAUCACCGUCCCACAGUCUCCCUGGUCCUGGUCAAACGGCCUGCCUGGAGAUGGCUAGCGCCGCAGCAGGUCGAGAUGUCCCGAACGCCCCGCCGCGGGAAAACUCGGAGCGGUUGGAGCCGAACCAUCCCGAACCAGCCUGUCAGGAGGCUCAGAAGUGGAUAGAGGCCGUAACGGGGAAGAGCUUUGGAGACAAGGACUUCCGCAGCGGAUUGGAGAACGGCAUCCUGUUAUGCGAGCUGCUGAGCGCAAUCAAACCAGGGCUGGUCAAGAAGAUCAACAGACUGCCCACCCCCAUUGCUGGGCUGGACAACCUGUCAGUCUUCCUGAGGGGCUGUGAGGAAUUGGGCUUGAGGGGCGCCCAGCUGUUUGACCCCGGGGACUUGCAAGACACUUCAAUACGAGCUAACCUCAAGGAUUCUGACUGCAACCGCAAACUGAAAAAUGUGCUGAACACAGUGUUCUGGCUUGGGAAGGCUGCCGGCGGCUGCCCCUCUUACGGCGGCCCUUCUCUCAACCUCAAGGAGUUUGAAGGGCUUCUUGCUCAAAUGAGGGUGGAGAGCGAGGAAGCAGGGGAGAGUCCCCAGAAGGGCAGCGUCAGAGACAGCGGUUACGACUGCUGGGACUCUGAGAGGAGUGAGUCUCUCUCUCCACCACGACACACUCGUGACAACUCCCUAGACAGUCUCGACUCCUUUGGCUCCCGCUCACAGCACAGCCCUUCUCCUGAUGUGGUGAAUCGAGGCAACAGCGAUGGGCGAGGCAGCGACUCGGAGGCCGACGGCUCCGGCAGGAGGCCAGAUGUGCGGAAGGACGACAUGUUGGCCAGACGGACUGCCAGCAGCGAAUCAAGAAGCUCCAUUCCCUUUAACCAGUUUCUUCCCAACCGUUCCAAUGUCACCUCCUACAUCCCAACUCCACGGCGGAAACCACAUGCAGAGGAGGGAGAGCAACGGAGUCACCCUCAAGCCACUCCAGAGCAGGGCAAAAGAGCUGGAACGCACCAUAAAACUCCCAAAACUGUCACUUGGGCACCUGAGAACAAUGGAGAGAAACUAAGACGGGAAGAGGAGAAGGUGACCCAGGAAGUGUUGGAGCAGCGGAAGCUGCAGAAGUUGGAGAAGGCAGGGAUCAAAGUUCUGCCUGCUGCCGUUCGCUACAGCAGCCCUCCCACAAUGGAGGAACAGGUGGUCAGGUCGCCGUCCCCGAACAUCAUCCUUCGCUGCGAGAAUGACUUUUUGAGCUCUCAGAAAUCCGCCUUGGACUCCUGCUCUGAUGGGGAAGAGGAUGCAGAGGUGCGGAAAGUUCCGGAUGUACACAGAGAUGACCUGGCAUCAAGACGGGCUCAUCGCAGCCCCGUUGCUCCAAAGGUGCAUCAGUUUGUCCCUCCACCUAUAUGUAGCAACAAAGACCGACAGCGCUGGGAAGGGAUUAGACAAGCCUCGCAGAAAACACUGCAGGAGAAGGAAAUAAGUGACAAGGAAGUGGUCCCUGACAUCAUUACACGAAAAGAGAACCCCUUCCUAAACUCAGCCUCUCGCCGUGAGAAAGAGGAGGAUGAGGAGGAAGAGGGAGAAGAGGGAAAGGUUAAGACGGUGCCUAAUAAGGAGAAGGAUGACUUGGCUCAAAGGCGGGCUCAGAGUAGGCCCCUCCCUCAUAGGGACGGACCAGUAAGCUUUGUGUCUACCUCCAUGAGCCACUCCGAUAUGCAGAAGUGGGAGAGGCUCAAGAUGACUGAACCCAGUGAGGCUAGCCCGGCCCCUGUGUGUCAGGCUUGUCUGGAGAAAAAUUAUGGAGGUCCUUUCAGCGGAUCAGCAAAAGCUGGACGAGGUCACAGCAAAGUUGUGACCUUUGGGGGCGUGACUGAGAUCAAGCAGCCAAUAGACACAGUCAUGUCAAGUGAAGGGGAGGAGACUGAGUUGCUAAGACGACUCCUUUCCAAGGCAACUGUAGCCAUGCCUACCAUUGGCCUGGGCUCCCAGCUUUCAGAGCGGGAACACAGCCAGGUAGAUGGCGCUGACCUCAAUCAAACUAUACCUCCCUCUGCUGACCUCGCACCAUGGACCCCUGAAACUCCUCCUACUCCUACAGAGCUGGAUGCACGUCUAGCUCAGUAUGAACGUAGCACAGAGGAGGAGGAGGAGGAAGAGGAAGAGGAGAGGGUCCCAGAUCUUCAGAAAGAUGACAUGAUGGCGAGGAGGACGGGAGUUUUCCAUAAACAAACCACUGCCACAGUGACUUACAACCGUUUCCUGCCUCUUCCCGCCUCCAAACGCUGCACACAAGGGGAGGUCACCAAUGAUGCUGCUCCACAGAGCAGAAGGAAAGUGCAGGCAGACAGGAGCAGGACACUGAACAUCAGAGCGGCGCCACAGCAACCCAGAGUUCCCAUGGAACCAGCUCAACCACCCCCUGACGCGACUGUGAUGAGAGCAACAUCUCACAGUGAGCGUGAAUAUGAUGAGGAUGAGGAUGAGUAUGAUGAAAACAGGCCUGUGCCUGACCUGGAGAAGGACGAUAUGAUGGCUCGAAGGACCGGAUCAUUCCCAAAACCGGGUGCAGUCAGAGCAAAUCAGUCCAUCAACCAGUUCCUGCCAGUACCUGGAUCAACUAAAUAUAAUAUCGCCCCAGUGUCCGCAAUGAAGCCGCUACACAGCAGACCUAAACUCACAGAGAAGGUGGCUAGUGACAGCAGCAUUGUUACCAUGCAAGCAGAACUUCAGUCCCUGCCCUCCAAAGCCCCAACCCUCCCCGAGAAUGAGGGGCUGAGGAAGAGGCAGGAGGAGGAUGGAAAGCAAGAGAGAGACAUGACAAUCCCUAACGCCUCUGUCACAGAUGUGACCAAGCCCCUCUCUCCUCCAUCGCUGACUCCUCCGCCCAGCCCUGCUGCCCAGACUUGUAAGGUGGAGGCAGACUUGGAAAAACAGAGCCCAAAGGAAAGAGUAGAGGAAGAGGUGGAGGAGAGAAAGUGGAAUGUGAAUGAGGAACCACGAAAGAAGCCAUUCUGGCUGGAUGACGAUGAUCUGCCUCCCAUGAUGAUGAGCCGACGAGUUGCUUUUAUGUCUGAGGACCCUGAGAGUGUGAGCAUGAGUGAUAUGCUUAACGAGGAAGAGGUGGAACACUUACCACCACUGAGCCACUCGCGAUAUGAGCGCAUGCACGAACAGUACAACAGCUUUCUGGAAGAAGAGGACCACUGGCAAGACGACUUGGCUCGCUGGAAGAAUCGCCGCCGCAGCGCGUCACAGGAGCUGAUCAGGAAAGAGGAAGAGAGGAAGAGGAUGGAGAAAAGGAUGAAGGAGGAGGCAAGCGACAGCCACAAGAGGAAAAGCAUUAAGACCUACAAAGAGAUCGUGGAGGAGAAGGAGCGCAGAGAGGCAGAGCUGUGUGAAGCCUACAGGAAUGCAGCGACUCCAGAGGAGGCUGCCAUGGUUUUACAGCGUUAUGCUCUUCGCUUUACCAUCAGUGAUGCAACACUGGACAGCCUAAAGCUGCCCAGAUCCUCUUCAAAACCCAAACAGGAUCCGAAUCAUGUUGAGAAGGAGCACAAAACAUCAACUAUGAGUGACUCUGAAACAUCUGACCCUCUGCACAAACAAGAACCUGCUGCUGCAACAGACCGGGUGCCCACAAAACCUCAAGAGAUUGAGACAGAGGCAGCUGCUCAACAGGAGACAUCAGUGUCCGUCCCCUCCAGCUCCCCAACACCUAGCAGUCCGCUCAGCCCGGUCAAAAACUCAGAAAAUGUGCCACAUCAGUCACUACAACUUAAUGAACCUAAAUCCGAGCUGGUGGAGUCACCAGCUACACAUGAAAAACUGCUGAUUACAGGAGAUGCAAAGCCUCAAAUCAAACACACUCAGACUGCAGAAGUGCAGUGUCACAGCACACAGCCUGUACACACACUACCCUCCCCUCCAUCUGUAUGCCCCAGACCUGUAAACCUGCUGGCAGCCAAGCCCUACUGCCAGCCCAGGAGCACACAGUCUGGACACAAACCUGUUAAGAUGGAAGGCUUGGUGCGAGUGAACGGAGAAACGGUGGAGGAUUUAUCCACUCCGGCUACCUCGGCUCAACACUCGCCACAGGAGCUCAAAGAUGUUCCCUCCGAGCAGACUGCGGCCAGUCAGGAGGCCGUGGAGCAGACGCCACCUCCGCAGACAGAAAAGGCGACCCCGUCUUCAGGCUCUGCCAUCAGCUCCCUGAUUGGAGGCCGAAACUGUAUCAUCACAACCACUAUUGUGACAGAGCUCACACAUGUGGAGCCGCAUCAUCCGGAUAUCCAAAGCAACGGACAGGUCAAUGGUGCUACCGUGUUGUCUGAGGAAAAAAAUGCUCAGCCGGCCACAUCACCAAACAGCAUGCGAGAUUAUUCUCCCACUGUCACAGAGGGACUUGAGGAAAGCAGCAUGACUAUUGAGACCCCCAUGUUGAACUUGGCUAAACGUGUUAAUCACUGGGUCUGGGACCCCAACGAGGAGCGUAAACGCCUGGAAAGUUGGCAGCAAGAGCAGGAGCGCCUCCUACAGGAGCAAUACCAGAGGGAGCAGGAGAAGCUGAAGAAGGAGUGGGAGAAAGCACAGCUUGAGGUGGAGGAGGAGGAGAGAAAGCACAAUGAAGAGGAGAGAAAGAUUCUUGAGGAGACUGUAACGCCCCUAACUCCCACCAGCUUGUUAAAUCAGCAGUCGGGUCAAACAGGGACGACUUUUUCAACUCCAAAAAACGACACAGAAAUGGCUAACGCUCCUCUGCAGAGAAAUGGCCAAAGGAUCUCCACAGGGAACGAGGAUCAGCAUGCAUCAAAGCUGCAUUUCUUCCGGGAUUCCACAUGUGAUGAUGAACCCUCAAAGAAACAGGAACUGUGGAAGACGGCUUCUCUGGACCGCAACCCUCAGCUAAACCAGGCACAUAUUGUUAAAAGGUCUGAAUCACAUGACGCUGUAACCUGUAAGCAGCCAUCCUCCCCUUCAUCACCUCAGCCUCCCUCACCCAGCAGGUGUGUUAGUGGGAAGAGACUGUGUUCUGGUUGUUCUCAGCCACUGGGAAAAGGAGCUGCCAUGAUCAUCGACACACUGGGACUGUUUUUCCACAUGCAGUGUUUCAAGUGCGGAGUGUGCAGUGGGCAGCUGGGUGACGCCACCGCAGGGACUGACGUACGCAUUCGUAAUGGUUUGCUGAGCUGUCAUGAGUGCUAUAUCGCAUCUCGGGGCAGAGGUCAGCCCACCACACUAUGAUGACCUGCAUUGGAACUGGAACCCCCCACGGUCCACGUCAGUGACUGGGCAGAGAAUCGUCAAACCUUGAAUCACAUCCUGGGAUAUUCUGGAAAACUAUGGGAAUCUCCUCUGAGCUUUGGAAUCGUUGUAUUUCCCUGAAAGGCUCAAACAGCUUUAUGGACGCUUGAGCAAAACUGGACUGACGUGUGGACUGAGAGACACAGCAUCACAUGCACAUACAGUACAAUGUGUGUUGGCCUCCUAACUGUACACAUGUAUACACUUCUUUUAAUAUGUGUAGCAUGGAUAUAAUCAAGAGAUCAAGUCUGUUUAAGCCUUUGCACAUUCGUACUCAGCACAGUCAAAACACUAAAACAAGGAUCUGUUCUGCUACAAGCUUAAUAUGUUACGCUAAACGCUGAACACUACUGUCUUCAGUCUCAAAGUCUUGAUUCAUUAACCUCCUGCUUCUGCACUGAUCAUGUGACUCCACUCUCUCUGAGUGCAACACGAAGUGGUUUGGGUUGGAUGACCUGGAGUAGCUUGACCAUCAUAAUGCCUUACUCAUCAUCAUACUUUCUCAUUCAUUUUGGGUUUUGUGUUUACAGUUUUGCAUGAAAGGAGAUCAUAUAUAAGUUAUUGUGAUUAUUGCUCAGACGGAGUCGUGUGAGUUUGAUGUAGGUUGUCAUCUGUUAAAUUUCCUCCUUCUGUGUUGUACAUCAUCAUAAUAUUUUUGAAUCUCAUGGGCAUCUGGCUAACUUACGCGAGCUUGUUUUUCUUUAUAAUUCAUUUUACAGGAAUGAGAAUGCAUGUUAUUGAUUCUACGUGUUCUUUGGAUUUGAAAUAUUUUUCCCUUUAAGAUGUUUUAUCCAUUGUUUAUUCUCAUAGAUUGACUGCAUUCGAAUCAGUGCCUUAUGUGAUGAAUGCGCAGGAGUAUUUCACACACAGACCUCAGGGUCUCAGCACAUUGUGUGUGUGUGUGUGUGUGUGUGUGCGUGAAGGUAUGUAUGCAAUGUGUGAUUUGACUUGAAGCACAGUUCCAUACCAGCAAAAAACAUUCUAAAUGGAUCAGCCUCUGCUUAUCACCUGCUGUUCUCCCCCCCCCCCCCAAAAAAAAACAGUGACACAAAGUCAUGCUGCUUCCCUGUUAAUUAUUCCUACUAUUAUGACAAUACACAGUGUCCUCCAAUCUCUCCUCGCCUGCCUCUUUCACAAGUGUUGCCUCCCCAGAAUCUGGGCUGAAUGUCUCGUUCUCUCCUCUGUGUUUCUUUGCCACUAUUUGGAUAUCCAACAGCGGCUUCAUCAUUUAGGGGAAUAGAGCACUCAGUUCAUUGUCUUUUAUAGGAAGUGUAUGUUUAUCAAUAAAAUAUUUUAAAUGGGA